AUGUCCGUGCAGGGAGGAGUCCGCAUGAACACUCCUCAGCCCUUGAGUGGCAGUCACUAUCCGCCACUCCAGGAGGAAGAAGAACCGCAGAUGGGGGGACCAUCAAAACCCGUCUCGGAAUUAGACUCUGCGCCCUUAGCGCCACCACCGGGUUUUGGUAACCCGAUCCCUGCUUAUGCCGGUUUAGCGGCAUAUAACCCAUUUGAGCUGCCUGGUCACAACAGCUUCAACUACGCUAAUGUAGACCCGUACCAGGAGGCGUGGGAUUACAACGCUCAUCAUCCGGAAGGGCCCUAUGGCGGUCCAUGGACUACCGGGUACCCUCCGUAUGUGUACCAGCAACAACCACCUCCUCAACAGCCGUACCAGCAGCCGCCGCAACCACAACUGAUUCCGCCGGAACGUCAGUAA